GGAGUCGGCUCAGCAUACGCUAUCAUGGCCAACCGAAUCGCAAACCGUGUUGCUGAGAUGGCCGAGAGCAUCACAUUCGUCGAGAGGUAUCCGCAACAAAAUGGACAAAUCUUGAACGAAGAGCCAACCGAGAAGAAGCGCCCUCGCAAGCUCGAGAUGCGCCUCGAUACCGGAAACGAUGUCAGCUUCAGCGCCCCUUUCCUCGACAACACACUUCAGAAGAUGCUCGCACUCCAAAACCGCAUGCUCAAGAGCACAGCAGACCUGUCGAAACAAGAAGGUGUGGAUGAAAAGAUCAUCCGAGAAUCGGCUGCUCAGAGCGCAGAACUGAGUCGUAUCAUUGCUCUUAUCUGUGCGGAGAAGGCUCGUCAAGGAGCUUAG